AUGGUGCAGAAAUCUCUCAACGGCGGGGCUUACCCAACUCCAGCCGGAGAGAAGAAGCACAAAGUCGGGUUCGUCGGACUGGACCCCGGGGCUCCCGAAUCCAGCAGGGACGGCGCGCUGCUGAUCGAGGGCUCGGGGAGCACCAAGCGGGGCAGCAUCCUCUGCAGACGCAGGUCCAGCCUCUCCGCAGGCAGACCCCGACCGUCGAAGAAAUAUGCCAGCUAUCGGAAACUGCAGAAUUUCCUCUACAACGCGCUGGAGAGACCGCGGGGAUGGGCGUUCAUCUACCACGCUUAUGUCUUCCUGCUGGUCUUCUCCUGUCUCAUCCUCUCCGUCUUUGCAACAAUCAAAGAGUUCAAAAACAGCUCAGAGAGUGCCUUGUACAUACUGGAAAUUGUGACCAUUGUGGUGUUUGGUGUGGAGUACAUUGUGAGGAUAUGGGCUGCUGGCUGCUGCUGUCGAUACAGAGGAUGGAGUGGGAGGCUGAAAUUUGCCAGAAAGCCUUUCUGUGUCAUAGACAUCAUGGUGCUGAUCGCCUCAGUGUCGGUUCUGGCAGCUGGAUCGCAGGGCAAUGUUUUUGCCACCUCAGCCAUCAGGAGCUUGAGGUUUCUGCAGAUCCUGCGCAUGCUACGUAUGGAUCGACGAGGAGGCACCUGGAAGCUGCUCGGAUCUGUCGUCUACGCCCACAGCAAGGAGCUCAUCACAGCGUGGUACAUCGGCUUCCUGUGUCUGAUCCUGGCCUCGUUCCUUGUCUACUCAGUGGAGAAGGAGUUAAAUAAUGAGUUUGAGACGUACGCUGAUGCUCUCUGGUGGGGACUGAUCACUCUCACCACCAUAGGUUAUGGUGAUAAGGUUCCCAAGACCUGGUACGGACGCCUGCUGGCCGCCACGUUCAGCAUGAUCGGGGUGGCCUUCUUCGCACUUCCUGCUGGCAUCCUGGGCUCUGGCUUUGCCCUCAAAGUCCAGGAGCAGCACAGGCAAAAACAUUUUCAGAAGAGACGCAGCCCUGCAGCGGGCCUCAUCCAGGCUGCUUGGAGGUUUUAUGCUACCAACCUGUCCCGCACAGAUCUGUUUUGCACAUGGGACUUUUAUGAGGAGACUGUAGCUAUUCCAAUGUACAGACUCAUUCCACCCCUGAAUCAACUGGACCUGCUGAGGAACCUGAAGGGCAAGUCAUUCAGGAAAGAUUCUCAGGCAGAAACCUCCCCAAGUAAUGAAAAUGCACACAAAGACAGACUUUGCGGGUGCUGUCCGAGAACCAUUAGUCGGAAGGCCAGCUUGAAGGACAAGGUGUUUCCCAGUCCGUCCAAGGGAUCCAUGGCCAAAGGAAAGGGCCAGUCUGAAGGGGCAGAGGAGGGGGCUGAGGGAAGUCCCAGCAAGGUCUCCAAGACCUGGAGCUUCACUGAGAAGAACCGAGGGCCCAUUUACAGCCUCAGGAGCCGGGGCAGCGCUUCACGCCAAAACUCAGAGGAGGCGAGCCUCCCAGGAGAGGAAAUGGCUGACGACAAGAGCUGCGACUGUGACUUUGCCUCCCAGGAAUUACCUCCAGGGUUGAAGGUUACAAUACGGGCAAUCUGCAUCAUGAAGUUCCUGGUGUCAAAGAGGAGGUUUAAAGAGAGCCUGCGGCCUUAUGAUGUCAUGGAUGUGAUCGAGCAGUACUCUGCAGGUCACCUGGACAUGCUUUGUCGCAUUAAGAACCUACAAUCCAGGAUAGAUAUGAUUGUUGGCCCCCCUGCCCCUUCAACACCACGCCAUAAGAAGUCCACUGAAGGUCCUAGAGUUGACAUGAUAGUUGGCAAAGGUCCUAAAGCUGACGGAGACGCUGCAGAGGACCAGAGCAUGAAUGGACGUCUGGUCAAAGUGGAGAAACAGAUGACGGGUAUGGACAGGAAACUUGAUUUCCUGGUCAACGUGUACGUGCAGCGCAUGGGCAUCCCUCGUUCUGAAACAGACGCCUUUUUCAACUCCAAAGAGCUGUAUCCAGCUCCGCCUUACCACAGCCCAGAGGAGAUCAAGCUGGAGAAGGAGGGAAGAGAGGAGGUGAAGGAAGAAAAGGAGGUUAAAACCUGCUCCCCUGCAGAUGUCCCAUGCUCUGAUGGGUCCUCUGAAAAGAAAGAUCCUCUACUGCAUCAGUCUGUGGCCAGGUCAGUGGGUACUCCCUCUGGCAGCCUCAGCCGCCCCUCUACCUCUUGGCAGCACCAAAUGCAGCACCCCCUCAGCCAGCCUGCCUGGAACAGCAGCGUGGCCAACACGCCUUCACCGACCGGUGAAGGCGGCGAGCGCUCGCCCAACCCGUUCCGCCUUCGACCUCCUCCUGCUCUGGUCCACGACCGCUCGUCAUCUGGCCCGGGUGGCAACAGCAGAGAGAGCUGCUCCAAGAACAGGAGGCGCCACAGGAGGCAGAGGUGUCAGCAGGAUGCCAUCGCCGUGGAGAGCGACACGUCUCUCUCCAUCCCGUCCGUUGACCACGAGGAGCUGGAGCGCUCCUUCAGCGGCUUCAGCAUCUCCCAGGCCAAGGAGGACUUCUUUGGGCCUCCUUUCUUCACAGGCUCAGGAGGGGGAGCGGGAGCAGGGACUGAAGCCGUACCUGGAAAUUCACUCUGUGCCAGAGUGAGACCCUUCAUAGCAGAGGGGGAAUCAGACACAGACUCAGACCUGUAUGCCCCCUCACCACUGUCCUUCACUGGAGAGGUCUCAUUUGUGGAGAGGGGGUGGCCAGGACUGAAGUAGAUUCAUGGCGAACGAGAUCAGUGCUUCAGUGGCCAACAGGAAACCUGUCCCCAGACCAUACAGCCAAAUGACUGAUGUCUGAUGCACCUACAGACUAUCAAAGGUUUAUUGAAUGGAUGUGAUUAGCUCUUUAUUACAUAAGAUGGGAAAAUAUGUUCUUAUAAACAUAUGGGGUGGUCCUUUAUCACAUUUUUUUUUGUGAUGUUACACUUGACAAGAAUUGUUAAAUUACACUUUCAUUGCCUUCUACUGAGUUUUGAUCUGUCUUUGAUGACAGAUACGUGUCAGUGUGAUUUGUGGUGAGGAUUUCAUUUUGCACUGAACUUGACAUUGAUUUGAAAUGAGUAAGUCCCUUUGCUUUUUUUAGUGGCGAGUGCACUUCUUCUGUUAAACCACUUUAAAUAACUUUGAAACCACAGUGGCAGUUAGUAAAGCAAAGAUUGUUAGUCUUAUCAUGUGGUUAGUGUAGUGUCUUGAAAGCUUCUAUACCUUUGAAUGAAUUGAGGUGUUAUGAUGAUGCCAAAAUCAUAGCUAUGAUAAUCAAUUAGAUUCCUGCAGAGUAAAAAAAAAAAAAAAGCAUCAUUAAUUCCGCCUGGUGUUUAAUAAAAUAGUAAAGAGAAUCUCCCCUCAAAGUAUUGCAGAUACUUCCCCCAUCAGUAAACCAGAGGACGUCCUGCAUGGCAUGUUAAACAGUUGAUUUAAGGACAGUGGUUAAAGGCGGGCUUCCAAACCAAAUGGUGGCAAAAAGUCAGCACAACAACCCACUGAGUGUUGCCCUUCUGUACAGAGCAGUGGAUACACAUUACAAUGUGCAUGCAUGACUGGUUUCAAGCUACAGUGUGUUGAGUUUUAAGGAGCUUUGCUGGAAUUCCACUCCGGUGAGAGACAGCCUGAGCUCGCUACUUUUCAUGGCUCUUCUUUUCUGGGCAAAUACGUGAAUUCAUGGAUUAUGUAUGCAGGGGCAGAUGCUUAUUAUAGCACAGUCUAUAUGUGUGGACAUUAACUUGUGUGUUUUAUGUUGUUAUUACACAACAAUUAGUGCUGAUGUUGGACUGAGUAAACCAUAAGGGAGAUUUAUGCUGUGAUGCAUAUGUCAAUCAUUUAGAUUCCUUGUAGAUACAUUUGUUCUGCACUAAAUGAGAAAAUGCAAUAAAAAUCGAGCGAGGCAAUCGAGAACCAUCCUUUACCAACAUCUACAUGGCCUUAUUUUUCAUGACAAAAUCCUUUGUUUUAUAAGUAAAUCAGUUAUAUCAUUAUUAACAUUUCAUGUACCAUUCCAGGUGUUAUAGGUUUAACUAUGUACUCAUAACAGAUGCUGGAGGUUGAAGUACAUUUGACUACAGAUGAUGCUAACGCGAGUCAUAGAAAAUCUACUUUAGCAUUUUUAAAUUAACUCUACAAUAUGGAUGUGAUAGCAGAAGGGGGAUUUCAGUUAGUGGAUUCUUUUCACACACAAUCUCUGAAAAGAAUAAACAAACCUGCAGACAUUUGUUCCCCCUCCUUUCACUCAUACAUGAAACAGUGGUUUUAACUCAGCACCCUCAUGUAACUGCACUUUCUUUCUCUUCAAUAAUAAAACUUUGUACAUCAUUGAAAAGCAUGUCGUUGAUCUUCUGUUGUUUCAAACCCUCCGUGUCAGUGAAGCUUCGAAGUUUAUCAGGAAUGUGGUGUAAUGAUGGCCACGUUUCACUAGAUGGCAGCCAAGAGCUUCUUUGAGUGGGUGCUUGAUAAAACCAUGGAUUGUGGGAGAGUGAUCAGAUUUAUAGACACCUCAGGGUUCACAGGUUUCCUUCAAUAAGAACGUUAUAACUUUUGACCAGAACAAUAUAAUAUGUUUGUAUGUUACUAAGAUAGAUUUGAAAAACAAUUGUAUGUGUUUAUAAUUGAUAUCUGACUGCA